CUCUUCUUUCUUUUUUAUCAACUUCUUAAGGCCAAAAAUUUAAGAGAGAAAAACAUUUAUUUCUAGAUUUUGAGAUAAUGGAAGGAGUGAACAUGAAGAAGAAAGAGCAGCACAGGAUAGUGGUGGCGGUAGAUGAGAGCCAAGAGAGCAUGUAUGCCCUUUCAUGGUGUCUCAGCAACCUAGUUCCUCGUAGCCCCGACUGCAAACUCGUCCUUCUCUACGUUAAACCACCUCCUCCAGUCUACUCUUCUAUUGAUGCUCCAGGGUAUCUGUUUUCAAAUGAUUUAAUUGCAAAUCUGGAGAAGUAUGGCACUGAUUUGGUUAGAUCAGUAAUGGAACGAGCAGAAGCAGUAUACAGGAACUUCAAUAUAGACGUGGAGAGAGUGGUUGGAAGCGGAGAAGCUAAGGAUGUAAUAUGUAAUGCAGUGAAGCGACUCGAAGCUGACACCUUAGUCAUGGGAAGCCAUGGCUAUGGCUUCUUAAAGAGAGCUUUCCUUGGAAGUGUGAGUGAUUAUUGUGCCAAGAAUGUUAAGUGUCCAGUGGUGAUCGUGAAAAGUCACGACAAGUGAACUUUUAUUUACCAUGCAAGUAAAGUUUCUGGAAGAAUGUAAAUAUACAAGAACUCAUCCUGUGGAGCACUAUGUAAACAAUCUUGUAUAUCAAAAGAUCCAAGGCUUUGUCUAAGAUCUGAAUUUGUUUGUAUGAACAAGAGAAUUUACUUACAGAAGUGCUGGCCUCCCCACAGCACUGUAACUA